AAAGGCUAAAGUUAGAAAAUAAGAAGAAGAAGAAGAAAAACCCUCAAAGGCAAAGGAAAUAAAAUAAAUAAAUAAAUAAAUAAAGGUAAAUAGAAGAAAAAUCAUCGGGAAACUGUUGAAGAGUUGUGGUUGGUAGCAUCCUUCCACAUGGUUUGUAAAGGGGUUGAAGCCUAUAUGUAAACGUCAUGGUCCCCAAAGCAAGGAAAAAUAGUACUUUGUGCUUUCAGAUCAAAUGCGUGCAAUGAGAUGGAGGCAAAACAAAAACGCAGUAGUGGGAAUCAAGAUACAGGAAAGCUAUCCGUUUGGAGUUCUCGAGCAUGGGGACCCUUGGGCUGCUCUUUGCCUUACAUCAGGUGGAGGUGGGGAGGAAGAAGAUCUAUUGAUCAAUUAUGUCGCGUUUUCAUCAUCUUGAUUUCAACUGGUCCACCUUCAAUCCAGUUUGGGAGACUUUAUCAUAGAUUUGUCUUCAUUAGAAAAUUUUCUGGUUGUCUGAUCUUCUCUUGAGCUUGAGGUGUAUGGUGUUCUUUUUUAAAAAAGUACUUUUUUAAAA